GACAAGACAGGUGCCAUUAUAAUCUGCAGGUUUACUUAAAUCAUGGACCCCUGUACCAGUGCCCAGGACGUGAUGCGAUGUGACCUGUGUGAGACCGCUGUGGUAGAAAUGCAUUGUGAUACGUGUCUUAUCAACCUGUGUAAGGCAUGUGUGGGAGAACACAUGAUAUCUGAUGAAUCCAAAAAACACGAAAUUGUUAAAUUUUCCCUGAGAAAAACUACCCCCCUCUACCCUGCAUGCAUAUCUCAUGUCAAAGAACGAUGUGAAAUGUACUGUAAUAAAUGUGAUAUUCCUGUGUGUGUCACCUGCCUUGCUUCUGAUCAACAUCUAGGUCAUAAAUUAUUGAAAACUGUACAAGUCUUAGAUAACAAAAAAGAAAAGAUCACAAAAGAACUGGCUGAAUUAAAUGAGACAAUUUAUCCAACCUACCAGGACAUUGCCUCUGAUGUACAAAACAAAAUGAGUCAAUUAAAAAAGGAAUAUGGGGAUCUCUCAACAGCCAUAACAAAACAUGGAGAGGACUGGCACAGAGAAAUUGACAAACUUGUCAAGAAACUUAAAGCUGAAGUUGAUGAGAUGAAAAACACACAGUUACAAACUCUACAGAAACAUCUGGAUGAAAUAAACAAGACAAUGUCUGACAUCAAGGAUGAAAUCGAUUCAUUUAACACUGUUAUAGACUCCAAUGAAAUUUCAGAGAUUUUUAAAUUUGCAUCUGUUAAUAUUACAAGAUAUAAAAAUAUCCCAGAGAAAAUUUUGCCAUAUUUGCCAAAAUUCACACAAGGCAGAAUCCAAAGGAGAAAAGAACUCGGCAAAUUGUUUGGCACCUUAUCAUCAAGUUCUUUAAAUUCAGAUGAACAUGGCUACAGCAUGAAGACAACACACAAAUCACCAGAAGCUGGAUCCUCUCCUCCAGUCAAACAGCUGCUUGAUGAACCAGAGACUGUCACCACCAUGAAGACUGAGUGUAGCCUUUACCAUGCAGCCUGUCUGAAUGAUGAAGAAAUCUGGACAAGUGGAGAUGAAAAAACCAUGAAACUCUUCAGCAUCAGUCAGGGAUCACUACUCAAGUCAAUCAGAACCAAGUCAGGGAACAGACCAUAUGACAUAGCAGUGACAAAAUGUAGAGAUUUAAUUUAUACUGAUUACAUUGAUAGUACUGUGAACAUUGUGAAGAAUGAGAAGAUAGAGGAGGUGAUCAGACUACAGAACUGGAUACCUAAAGGUGUCUGUAGUACCUCCUCUGGUGACCUCCUGGUUAUCAUGAUCAGUGAUGAUAGAAAACAAACAAAAGUUGUCCGUUUCUCUGGCUCCACAGAGAAACAAAGCAUUCAGUUUGAUGAUCAAGGUAAACCUCUUUAUUCAUCUGAUUCUGAUUACAUUAGUGAGAACAGGAACCUGGAUAUCUGUGUGUCUGAUGGAGCUGGAGCAGUAGUGGUGGUCAAUCAGGUCGGGAAACUGAGAUUCAGGUACACUGGACAUACUAAUGCUCCAAAGAACAAACCAUUCCAUCCACGAGGAAUCACCACAGACAGUCAGAGUCACAUCCUUACAGCUGAUAAUAACAAUGACUGUGUCCACAUCAUAGACCAGGAUGGACAGUUCCUCCGGUACAUAGAAUGUGGACUUAAUAAUCCGAUAGGACUAUGUACAGACACAUAUGACAAUCUGUUUGUUGCUGAAUGUAACAAAGAUCAAGUGAAAAAAAUAAAAUUUCUGCAGUGAAAAAAGUUAUUACAGUUUGAUCUCUCUAUGGACACAACAUUUCACAGAAAGUCUAUACUUUCAAAUAGACCAUAUAAAAAUCUUUAAAAACAUACAGGUGUGUUUUUUCUUAUACACAUUAUGUGAUGUCAAAGUGGACAAGAAAAAUAAUUCUAUAAAUUUAAAAAAUGUAACAAUGAAUGAAAAACCUUGACGGUACGUACAUAUAAGAACUAACAGUAACUGACCCAUGUGGUUUUAUCUCACAGUUACUUCUUUAUCCAGUGGAUAUUAGUCAUUGUAUUCCAAACAUGAUACCAAAGAAACAAAUCAUUUGCAUUUGUAAAUUUGUAAACAUGGAAGAUCAAGGUAG